AUGGCUCCCAACAACAAAUCCCUGGUGCUCGUUACCGGCGCCACUGGCCAUCUCGGCUUCAGGACACUCGUCCUUGCGCUCCAGGCUGGCUAUCGUGCUCGCGUGGUCUACCGCAGCGAGUCGUCGCUGGCCAAGGUCAAAGGAGCUGCAUCCAUCAAGCCGUUCAUCGACGACUUGGAGUACGCCCAUGUACCCGACAUGACUGUCGAUGGAGCCUUCGACAAGGCUGUCAAAGGUGUGGACUUCUUUCUUCACAUUGCCAGCCCGAUCUUCGACACUUCUGAAGCGGGUGGCGAGGUGCGAGACUGGCAGAAGGAAUUCUACCAUCCGGCCCUGCAAGGUACCGUCGUCGCCCUCGCCUCAGCCCUGAAAGAGCCAAACAUCAAGCGAGUGGUGAUUACGUCGUCCGUAGUAGCAGUCGAGGCAAAGAACGGCGCGAGUCUCGCAGGUCCGAACGAUGUCAAACCGCUACCCGACAAAGAGACACUCACGAACUUCACUGUGCCGGCGCACGCAUAUGUCUACUCUAAAGUCAUGGCACAUAGAGCCGUGGACGACUGGAUCAAGGAACAUCCAAAGGCACACUUCGAUGUUGUUCGCGUGCUCCCAGGCUAUAUUCAAGGCGCUAAUGAGCUUGCGCAAAACACUAAGGAGGCUGCCGUUGGGUCUAAUGAGGGCACUUUCAACGUGGCGCUCGGCAACUUGUUGAGUGGACCGAAACCGACAGCGCAGAUCUACCUCGACGACAUUGCUGAGACCCAUGUUGUGGCGCUGGACAAGCAGAAGGUUGACGGUGGUAAGGCUCUUAUCUCUGUUGCGAAUGAUGGGAAGGGCUGGGUGUGGGAUGACUUUGUGCCUGUGGUCGAGCGCCUGUUCCCCGACGAGGUGAAGAACGGUAUCCUGAAGCCUCACAAAGGCCAGGAAGGAGGUGAGGUUGCCUUUGAUGUGUAUGAGACCGUGAAGGUGUUGGGUCAUGACUUUGCGGGUAUUGAGACGAUGGUGCGGAGUGUUGUUGAGCAGUACUUGAGACUGAAGGGUAACGAAGGGACGGCAUAG